AGAGGCAUCUACCUCUCUGUUGUUUGCCCAUGUGUUUGGAGCAAAAGGGAAGAGGAGACAUAACAGUAAUCAGAUAUGAAGCAGCACACUUUGCAAUUCUACGGCUGGCAGGUGUCCUCUCUUUUGAUCUCUGUCUGGUCAGGGGUUUAUGCUGGUAUUGGAAAUGCAACACAGGAAAACACAGUGGUCUCACGUAUUUUGUCAUCCACCACCCACAAUGUUGUGCUUCAUACAAAGAAAAUGACGCCUGAACCAUGGAAUAUAUUUGUGUCUCAGAGCCCAAGCAGAGAAAAAGCCAAAGUGGGUGAAACGGUGGCCCUUGGAUGCCACUUCCAUGGUUCUCAUGAUCCAUCAUUAAGAAACCUAACCGUGAAGUGGUACAAGCAGGAUGAGAAAGGACAGAGGGACCUCAUGGAGAACAAUGUCACUGUUGUGGCAAACAGCACACGGAUCUUCAUGACAGGGGAUUUAUCUCAAGGUGAUGCAACUUUGACUAUCAUAAAUGUCACCACCAGUGAUCAUGGGACUUAUUUCUGCCAGGUGAUUCUUUCCAAUGGAGAAGAAGUGACUGGUGAUGGCACAAAGCUCAGGAUCCAGAGAGCAAUGGGGUUGUUUGGUAUAGAAGAGUCCAUCGGAACUAUCAUUGGCGUACUGGCGGCCAGCAUUGGAGGCCUGGUUGUUCUGAUCAUAGUUGUAACUCCUUAUCUAAGAAAGUGUCCUCCGUGUGCCAAAACCACACACCAAGCAUAACUUGGAAAUAUGAUUAAAGAAAACAAUAGAUGUGCCAUAAACGACAACAAAACAUCAAUUGAUCAAGAUUUUUAUGUUUUCUUUCUAAAGGUAUAAUAAAUUUCUUUGUUCUUCAGAAUAAGUGCCUUGUAUUAUUUUAAGAGAUGACAUAUA